GUUUUGGGAACUGUCUGGCUUAAACUAAAUAAAUACAAAUCAAAAUGCGUGAUUAUAUUCCGAACUGUUUACGUACGCACCGCUGGCUCGGUGUUUUCACGGUGCUUCAACUGACUUUGAUGCUUUCGCUAUUGGAGGUACGAUUCCAAAUUGACCAGUCUCCGGAGCUUCAGCGACCCAUGACCCGUGUUUACCUAGUGGCCCAGCUGAGAGAGCUCGCCUGCAGUCUUUUGUUUUCCGGCUUCGCAAUGGGUGCCAUGUUCUACGGGUACGGUCUGAUAUACCUGCCCAGCAAGGGAUCCCUCGGGGGAUUCUUCUCCAGAGUCCGGAUAACAGGUCUGUCCGUCUGGCAACGGUGCAGUCCCUUGAUGCUCCUGCCCUGGAGCAUGAGGGCGGUCCAGGGACUCAGCCAUUUUCCCUGCCACAUGUGGGAGUGCCUGGCCAAGGAGCCCUGCUUUGAGGCCCACAAUUUCCUGUUGUUCCUCGUCCUGGCUGUUAUGCUUUGGAUCCACCUGCUGAUCCUGGCCAUUGCUAGCCUCGUGGUCGCUCUGAGACUUAACAUUCGGAUGCUGGGUGCCAGACACAUUGUAAGCGGAAGUCACGAACUGCGGGCCUACGCCCAGGAAAUCAACGAGCUGGUCGGCUUUGAAAUGAUAAUCAUGUCCGAAUGAGAUGGGAAUAAUUGCCUAAACUAUAGUAUCUUUAUAAAAAACUUUCUAAAUUAAAUUACAUUUUAUACCUCAACAAAAACGAAA